CUCGAUGGCUCAACAAAAUGGCGACUGCCUUUAGUGGAAAUACGUUUGUUUUUUGCGUAUUUAUUCUAUUUGUUCCCUUUACUCUGGGUAGAAAUCAUCGAAUACAACUAAAGGUAUAGUCUUUUAAUGAAAUUAGAUCAUUCUGUAGUGUUUUUGUUCCCUUAAUCUUUUAUUUAUCGCUUGUUUUUAUACGUGCAAUUUAUAGGAUGAAACUAGACAGACGAUCGAGUUGAGUAAGUUCGGAUUUCUUCAGAAUGGAGUUCUCAAAGUGAACUUUACCAAUAUGCGGUUUAAGAAGAAAAAUUCCGCAAUCGUAAGUAUAUUUUGAUAUCGAGCAGUGAGGGCGCAAAUUUCAAUAACUUAGUUGAAUUUAGCUUUUCGCAUUAAAAAGCUCAGGCAGCGAAUUUAGCUGAAUACUCAAGCCAAUUGUUAACUUUCGGUUGUCGAUUCCCUUUCAGCUUGGUUUUUCCCUGGAAAAGACUGGAAGUGAUGGUAUUUCCCCUUACAUGGUAAGAACAACUUAGUGUAUAUUUUACCGAUAGGGGUUGAGCAAUCAGGUGUGACACUAAAAACUAAUAUAUGUUACAAAGGUCUGACUCGUUCAAAGGGAAGCAACGACAUGAAAAACUGUUUGGCCUGUAGCAUUUGCAGAAAAGGGUCUAGUCGCUGUGCCGUUAUUAAUUUCGGAUCGACGCGUUAAGUUUGUCGCCGUGAGUACAAUGAGGAAAACUUCCCAACUGCUUAAAGGCUGUAAGGAACAUCUGACAACUCUGGAAGUGUGGUAGGGGUGAUUCUGUGAUAUGGAGACCUUCCUGUUUUAAAUACAGAGUUGAUGUCUUAGAAAUCACCACAAACUCUAAGGGCUCCAGUUUUUCCAAUUGUGAAUAUGAGCUUCUAACAUUACUUACAAUGAGUAUUAAACAGUAGAAAUGAACUUUUGAAGUUAUAUUUAUGUUAAUUACAAGGUAUAUAUCUUUGUGGUUUUUUAUUUUUUUGAGGGCCUGUUUAUGAUAUUACUUGAGAGAUGCCAUUUUAUUGCAACCCAUAGGCUUACUGUCCACAAUAAUCCAAAAAAUUUUCUUUUCAAAAUAGAGAAAGGUCUGAUUCUUAAUUCUCGCCUCUAGCUUCUACUCAUUUGCCUGUAAAUUAAUUACAAUUAGUUGGUGAUAGAUCAAGAUAACAGCUUUUACCUGUAUCAGUUUGAGUAUUCUCAUUACCUGUUUGCUAGAUAAUGUAUUGAUAUUAUAGGGAGAAGUUACAUGUUUAUCACAGACUUCUGGGAGUUAGAGGGUUAGCUCCUAAAAUCUGACUGCAAGUUUCCCCUCUUUCUGCUACUCAUUUCCUUGUAAAUUUAUUACAAGAAUUUUGUGUUUGAUCAAGAGAACAACCUCUCCCUGAUAAAUUUGAGUACCCUUGUCAGCUGUUUGCAUGGUAAUGUUUGGAUUUAAGAAGGAGAAGUCACAUGUUAAUCACUUCAAGGAAUUAAAGGGUUAAGGGGAUAAAUGAUGAAUCACCACCCAGCUUUGCAUUUUAGUGUGGACAGAAACCGUUUGAUUUUGGAACCUUUUUGAGAAUAUUGUUGCAAAUGCUCUAAUUAUAUAUUUUCAUUAGCCUCUAUGUGGACAUGUCUUUUGAGAUGAUUAAAGGUCUUCUGGGAGGGGGAUUGUGCUAAUGUGGACAAAUACUUUUCCAUCUGGCCCCAGUUGUUCGGAGGUCAGAUAACACCAUCCAUUGGAUGAAUCUCUGUCUGGUAAUUAAUGCUAUAUGCCAUCACUUAUUUGCUGGAUAGCGAUUUAUCCAUUGGUUAGCAUUAUCUGCGAUAUACAACUGGGCCCUGGUUGUUUUUUGUGCACACUAGGAAAAAAUUACUGCUUUGUUCUUAGAAUUAAUUUUAUAGUGAGUAAACAGGAUUAGAGGUCAAGGAAAAUAUCAACAGUCAUACUGGAGAUGAAAUUUUUUACUUGGGAAUGAAAUUGAACUGCACCAUAUAUAAAUGCAAUCAUUUAAAAGUAAAUAAAAAAAGGUUCUUCUCCUUACACACAAACAGAUGCAAAAAAAAUUUGAAUGGAAAGGUCUGCCUGUCUUAAUUAUAUAAUGUAUAAGAAAUCCACAUCGUACUUCACUCUGCUGUGUGACUUUUCAGUGAUAGAUCACAGAUGACGUCAAAAUGUAGCAAGAACCACAAAAAAGUGGUACAAGGCACAGCUGAGUACAUCACUAAUGUUCUUACCAUAUUUUGACAUCUUUUGAAAUCUGUUACUGAACAGACCCAUGGCAAUAGGGAAUCUAAUUGUUUUAUAUAAGAUAGUAGCUAAAUAUCAUUAAUAGUGACAUUACCUAUGUGUCUGUUUUUCAAUAGAUCAUAAGACCCAAUAAAAAUGCAUGUGUUAUUUUUCUUAUUCAUUUACUUUUUUAUUAUAUAAAUAUAUAUAGUACAUGUGCAUAAACUUCAAUUUAUUUAUUUAUUUUUCCACAAACUUGUAGGUUUGAUUUAAUUUAUUUCAUGAACUUUUUCAGGAGCAACAUUCUGAUAAAUGUGUUCUCAAUGAUCCAGAGAAGAUUACUAAUGUGAACCAGAUAUCAUUGGCAAUUCUCAAAUUUGAUCUCAGUGGACCAGAGUAAGAUACAUUUACAUUUUGUCUAAUGUUGUGUCUUUGAUUGCCUCCAGUUCUAGUAUUGUCAUGCUUAUUUGAUCAUUGUAUGGAAUAUACACAAAAUGAAUAUUAUUAAUGGUUAGCGUUUUGCUUAUUGCUUUUUUUUGGAUUUUUUCAAGAGGUCUGCCUUUUGGAUCACUUAAUUUUCUUUUUUUUUUUUUACUAAGACAGUUUUUCCUUUGAAGUGUCAUUUGAUAAUGUUGAUAUCUUGCUACACAUACAUUUAGUGACUGUUGUGAUUAAAUCUGAAAACAGUUCUUUAGUUCAGAGGUAGAUCAAUAUUAUUUGUGGUGUACAUGCAUUAAAUAAGUCUACAUGUCUCUGCAUAAUUGAGCUAGUGCCUGUUGUGCUUGACAAUAUUAAUAUUUGUUUAUUAAGUCUAAACUAACUCCUUUGUGGAUUUGGAAAGCUUAGAGGAGGUUUGCUGGGGCAUUGCCAUGUGCUUCUCUUUUUUUCAAUUUUCUUUUCUACAUGUACUUAGCUUGUUGUUGUACAGUUACAGACACUUUUUCCUCAGUCAAUUCCAAUUAACUGUUUUAUUCUUGCUUUUGUUGAUGGUCAGGAUCAUUAUCACAAAAUUUGGACAUGACUUUGAAAACCUGACUAUUGAUAAAUAUGAACCAGAACCAGAACUUAUGGAAGCUAAAACUACCUUGUCUAGUAAGGAAGGAGAGAGUAUUUCAAGUUCAUCUCCAUCCUCUGAUCAUACUACAACACAAGCAUCAACAACUGUUGUGAAAGCAACCUCUAACACUCCUCCAAAGAACACAGCAACAACUGAUACUUCAAGUACUGUACAACCUUCCUCCAUUGGAAACAAGACUUCUGUGAAACAAAAUAGAAGGAGAAGGGCAGCAGAUAGUACAAAUCCAACAACACUUACUAAAAGCAAAGAAAAAAAAUGGCUUUUGACGCAAAAGAAGAUCAAUGAAUCCAUGUCUGAGAAUGUGUAUUCUGGAAAUGUAAGUUUAAUUGAUUUAAUCUUCUCUUUUCCUCAUCUUAUGCAGGUGCCACAGGGUACAUGUAUGUACCACUUUGAUAAUUUGUUACGUAUCUGUUAUUGCAAGUUACCUGGAAUCCAGUUGUGACAAUCAGUGGUUGGAAAAAGAGUUGGUUUACUCAUAAUAUCAAUCAUUAGACAAAGUGUAAAACUACUAGCAUUCAAUUGCAAUUGCUGCAAUCUGCUUGGCUAUGCUUCUUGCUAUCUAUUCCCUGAUAGAUAGUAAGUAGAAUUAGUAGCCUAACAGCAUACAGUUGUCAGUUAACAAAAUAGAUAAAUAAAUAAAUAAAUAUGAGCUUGUUUUCUUGUUCAGUUUGGAGUGAUGAGUAGAUUUAUUGUUAAACAAUUACGCUAUUUUAUCUCCAUUUUCUAUGCAUGAUACUAUAUUUAGGCUUCACCUUCAUCAGCUAUCACAUGAUCACUUGAACUAAUAAUGUAACUUUUGAAUAAGAAAUGCAUACACCUUAUAUAAUGGUUGAACAUGCGGUAAGCACAGGCAUUUUUCUGGUUGGGUGGUGUUGAAAUUAGUGAGCAAAAUUGCUGCCUGUAUUAUAUUUUUAAACAAUCAAAUAUGAGAUUUGUCAUUCCAUUAAAUAUUACAUUUACUUCAUUUACCAGAAAGUUGGCAUCCAGUUUCUAAAUACUCCCCACAACCUUAGCUGAGCAUGAUAUCGAUUGCACAAGAAGUGUGCAAAGACAAAAACAAAGACAAAAAACAUUUAAAUCUUCUUUUGACCUACCAAAAAAGAUCUGGCAUGCUUUCAGCAUGGCAGUUUAAGGCUCUAAUUUCUGUCCAGCAAAGUAGCACUUAAUUUACUUUUUAAUCAGCCACAAGAAGAUUUACAUGGAUAGCAUAAUAGAGAGCGAAGGUAUUGAUGAUUUUUAACUAUAAGCUAAUGUCCCUCUGUAAUUUUUUUAUAGUUCACAGUCAAGAUUCAGAGGAAGGCUGAGGAGGGAUUGUAUAACUUGUAUUUUCAUAUCUGUCCCAUACCAGGUGUAAAAAAAAAAACAGCUACUGUGAAUAUUGAGGUGAUGUACUUGAUAUUCUUAUUGAUGCAUCCUUAGAUUUAACCAUUUAACCCCCAAGAGUGACUAACAUCUAAUUUCUCCUUACAAGUCAUUCCUGAAUCACACAUUAAGGUCAAACGAUUUAAAGAAAUGAUCAUGAACCAAGAAAGCUCUUGAUUAAACAAAUUCUCCUUGUCAGCAACUAUUAAAAUUUAUGGAGAGCAGUUUAGAAAAUAUGCAUACUGAUUGCAGAACCAUGUGUGUAAAAGGUAUUUUCAUUCUACUUAAAAUUACAUCUACAAAUACAUACGAAUACAUAUUAAAAUUAAUUUAUGUAAUUUUUUUUAUGAAUUUUGAGUUGCUUUAACACAAGCUGAAGUUGAGAUUCAUGUGAAGUGUAGCACCAAAAUAAUUUCAUUCAAUGAAAUAUAAUAUUCUUUUGAAUAUUUUCUCAUUUGUUUGGGUUUAAAUAAAAUAUAUUUUUUUAAUUUCAAUCCAUCUUACCAAUAGAUUGACAUCAAAGAGAAAAAUGGUAAAAACUUUCUGUCUGCUGGAGAGGUGAGGGCAGUGUUACACUGCAUGCUGCUGUAAUUUGUAUGUCAUAAUUUGAGAUCCUUUUUCCCCAAAAAAAUAUAUUAUUUUACACUUUAAACUAAAACUUGUUUAUAAACUUCAUGAUUACUAUUUUCUUUCAGUAGUACAAAGCUGUAUUUUGCUCCAAUUCAACAAUGGGCUACCAUUUAAAACAUCAGCUUAAGAAACUCUUUACAGUGGCCAGUAUAUAUUUAUCAACUCAGUUCAUAAAACCAAAUUAUCUUAUAAUACCUUCUACCAACAAAUGACCCCAGUUUCAUUGGAAACUUUCCCCUUCAAUGCAUUCAUUGGUACUUUGUGUUAGUGUGUAAAGUUAAAAUGCAGAGUACAAUGUUACAACUCAGUCCUAAGUUUUCCUGUAAAAUACAGUCCAACCACUUGAAAAUGGCUAUUCAACCCUUGUAGGUGUAGAGAAGGGGAAUGCUUUCCCUCUAGUUUUUUUUUCUUUUCUGGUUUUUAAUGUUUGACAGCUACACUGUAUUAUGUAUGUUUCUUUUUUUGAGUCCAUUUGCUAGACAAGUUCUAAGAUCAUUUACUGCACCUGUGCUAAAUUUCUGUCAUUAAUCUAACACAGGAACCUUUACCAUAUAUGUUUGGUAUUCUAUCUGUGCUCUUCUUUGGAACAGCAAUUUACUGGCUUCGUGUUCUUCAGAAGAACAAGUAAGUUGAAAUAACCCUUUGAGCAGCUUCUUGUAUUAAUUACAUUCAUAAAUUGACUGGCUGAUGGGGCAUUUGUUAUAUGUGAAAUUAAGAUUUUGUCCUGUAUAUAUUAUUAUUUAUAAAAUAUUAUAACAGAGAUUCACAGUGAAUUCAGUUCUUUCAUUGACUAACUUCUAUCACAAAAAAUAUCAUUUUUAGACAUGAAUUAUUUAGUCAUAAACUGUACUGUAAAAAGCAUAUAUUCGUUUUUCUGAGGAUACCACCAUGCUGAAUAGAAAAUUUGAUCUUAAUUCACACAUUUAUAGCUAUUGUCUGUGAGUGUAUGUGACCUUGUUCUGCUUCUGUAAUAGGGAUUUCACAUACAAAGUACAUUACAUGAUGUUCAUCCUGAUCCUUUUAAAAUCUCUUGAUCUGAUGUUUCAAGCAGUAAGUAUCUGGUGCUACCUGAUGUCAAAUUGUAUCAUAAAUGGCCGAUAGGUCACACGGUUUUGCCAAUUUUAAUUUCCCGUAUGAUUGUGGGACAAUACCAUUCAAAAAGUUUAUGGCAAAAAAAAUAAUCCCUGUUGUAGCGAAGAACAUGGUUCCAACAAGUACUGGACAUUAUUUUUAUUGCAAUGAAGCAAAUAUAUCAUCUUGCAUAAUUGAUGGGUUAAAAUGUUUCCUGUUUACAGAUACUUUUCUUAUUUGUGUUUAUCAUUUACUUUGAUGAUUUGGGUGAAAUGCUACUUUUAUGAUUUAGAUGUAACAUUAUCCUUAGUCAUGAAAAUGACAGCUAUUUUUCUUAAUUAUAUGAUUUCAAGUGCAAUUUAGUGUCAAUAAGCACAAGUAAAUUUCCCUGUGGGUUCAAGCAAUUUUGUUUUCUUUUAAGUACUUAUUUACUGCAAAUUGCAUGAGAAAUUGUGUUGUUACUUGUAAUUACGGUAUUUACUUGUAUAAGUUGAACUCGUGUAUAAGUCAACCCCCAUUUUUAAGUUAAAAAAUCGGGUUUUUCAUCAUUUUUAGUCAAAAAAGUAAAAUUCAGACAGAUAGAAAUUUCUCAAAAGUUAAUCUCUUAUUUCUGGGAAUGUAUUGAAAACACAGGGAAUUAAAAAACUGCAGAGCAAAAUGUAGCCAAGUGCUUUGAAGUUGAUCAGCACUUGUUUAUAUCACCACGAUUUUACAUGAAAAAGCAUCACAGAAAGUUAGGACCCACAAACUUUUGACAGCAUGUGUAUGUUAUUUGUAAUUUACACUUGUGUUGCAUUCAAAAUGCUCUCAUUUCCAGCCCACGAGUGGCACUUAAUUUUUUUUUCAUGCAUAUUAUUAGCAUUGAAAUUGCAUUUUCUUGACUGAAGCAAUACUAACUCAGAUGAAACAUUGUAAUAUCACCAAAAAAGGUGCAUGUGUACUUGUAGCUUACUUUGGUGCUGCUUUAGACUUUCUUUGUAGUUUGAUGUUAAGUGUUAUCAAUUUUUAUGGAGUUUGUCUUUUGGUUAACAUCUCAAAUUAAGUUUUGUCCCAUCAUACAUGUUGUACAAAAGAGAAACAUGCAAAAUAUAUCUUUGUACUCUGGGAAUGUCUGGAUGAGGGUAAACAUGUACUUUUGGAUAACUUUUAGUCAUGAAACUUUAUAUUUUUUUCUCUGAACAGGUGAAUUAUCACUUUAUUAGUAGAGAUGGUAAACCAGAGGAAUCUUGGGAAGUGCUCUACUACAUCACACAUCUGUAAGCUUUAUUAGUCAGUCAGGGCUGUGCUCUAGCAGAGGCCAGGUGCCAUAGGCCAUUAAUUUGUACCUUUGGUGACUGUACAAUACUGCUCUCAUCAAAGUCUUUGACCCUUCAACCCCCAUGAUUGACUGAGACAGAAUUCAUUGUCACAAUACCAAGCAGACAAUUCAUUACAAUAAAUGAAAAUAUCAAUUAGAGGAUUAUUGAUUGAUCCAUUACCAAAUUCUCUGAACUAAAAUGAGAAUUGUAUGGCAGACAGUAAAGAGAAUUACUAAUGAGAUCUUGGGAGUGAAAGGAUAAAGAGCUGGGCACUUCAGAUUUUGAGACCAAAGUCUUCACGCACCUGGUUAAUCUUUUAAGAGCACAGCCUUGUUAGCAUUGUUGAUUACAUUAAUGACCUUUGAUUAUGUCAGCUGAUGAAACGUGACAAAGGUAUGGGCAGGGGUUACAAACAAUUUUUCCAAAUAACUUUGGUUAUAAUUUGGUGUUCAUACUCUAUCCUUUGACAUGUAACUCCCAGAGGUGAUUUACUUGCACCUGCAACUCCUCCUCACAAUAUUAAUACAUUAAUUGAAGGUGACGCAAAUUGACAUAUUUUUCAACUAGGAGCUGUAGUCUUGAAAUAAUAUAGAAUUUUCUUAGCUUAUUGUUUUAUAUGGAAAGGUACUUAAAAAUUGCAUAGCAAAAUUGUGUCAUCUAAAACAGAGAAAAGAAAGCAAAGUUUUUGUGACAUUAGUUGUGUGUAAUAUUUAGUUUAUGGUAUAAAACUGAUUGUUUAGCACAGUGUAAGUCAAUGCCAGAGUGAAUUAAUAUUACAUUCCAGUAAGCGAGAUCUGUUCUAUUUCCAUUUUAGAUUGAAAGGGGCAUUACUGUUCACAACCAUUGUCCUUAUUGGUACUGGCUACUUUUUCAUCAAGCAUGUGCUGUCGGACAGAGACAAAAAGAUAUUCUUGAUUGUCAUACCACUGCAGGUAAGAAUAAUGCACAAUCCUCAUUACCUAGUAACAUAUUUUCAAGAAGUUUCUCACUGAUAUACACAAACUGAUGGAAGCUAAAGCCCUAACAUUUCUGCAGGGAAGGUGUAGGGCUCUUAACUUUUCAUUUACAUUAGGUCAGACCUUUAGUCUGUGUUAGUUAGUUAAGAUGGUAAAAAGGGCUCUCUGAAUGACUUGUUGAUGUCAUAGCAUAUCAGAAGCAUACCAAAUGCAGUACAUGUACCACAUCCAUAGUUCCUAAAUAUGAGGUUAUCAUGGUUCAUGUUUCUCAUGGUGAGCAUGAGAACAGUGUGUGAUUUUUAAUAAUGUCUUUAAUUAUUGUUUCUCGAAUUUAUGUUUAUUCUAUUUCAAUCUCAUAUCCUGGGAGAUUUUGUGGCACUUUAAGUGAAGAGAGGUUUCAGUGAAUGCCCAGACAUAUUAUUACCAAGUGCUGUGGAAAUCUUGUGAAUCAAAUCUUAACAGGAGGCAUUCAGAGGUGCUUCAAGAGGCAAUAGACUGCUGGUAACUGGCUUUUAUUGAAAUUCCUGUGGAGGAGUUGCAGUACUGUUUGUCCCUUGAUGCUAAGACCCGCAUGUGUCUGCUGCUGAGCAUGACAUCUUUUUUGUUGUUUUUUGAACAAUUACCAGUAUUAUUUUAUUAUUCAUACAAGUCGCAGGCAUUUGGUUUCUUAUUAAAUAUUCCCCUUUUUGUCCAUUGUAGAUUUUAGCCAACACAGCUCAGAUUGUGAUGGAGUCAACUGAGGAAGCAAACACACAGUAUACAACUUGGAUAUCCUUUAAUAACUUCCAAUAAUUUUGGUAUCAAAAGUAAAUCUUGGACUUUUGCCAUCAGGCAACACAAAGAAACACCUAAUUUGGUGGGGAAGGUGUUGUAAUAUUUGACUAAAUGUGACUUAAGAAGAUUUUUUCCAUUAGUUCUAAUCAUUUCUCCUCAAAAAUUUCACUGUCUUCUUUUUAAAGUUUUAGGAGUCACAGAAAAUUUUCUCAAGUUUUUCAUUUUCCUCCUUCCUUUCCUUCAUUCUUUCCUUCCUAUUUUUCUUUCCUCUUUGAGCAAAUAAAAGACUGCAGACCACAAGGUCACAUGAAAGGCCAAGGAAAAAAAACUCUCAGAGAGUAAAUACCAACAAAAGAAAAUGAUACAUAGCGGCAGAGAUGCGAAAUUGAGUUUGAGUGAGAGCUGUGUUUCAGUUAAGUUAAUGCCUUGACUAUUAUUACAAAGAACUAUUCAUCUUGGUUGACUUGCUUUGCUGUGGUGCAAUUCUGUUUCCUGUUGUAUGGUAAGUAAGAUGUAACUUUAGUGCCAAAUAUUGUAUUUAUAACGGGAGGAAUUUCUUUCGUUUUGAUUCGAAGAGUAUCUGUGUAUGUAAUUUCUCAAUUUGGUCGUUUUCUUAAGAAGUGUUGUAGGGAAGUGAUCACUGUUCAAUUUAUUGAUCACAUGGCUUCCCAUCGUGAAACAAAUCACUUAUUCAUAAGAAAAUCUUAGCUUGGCAACUUGCUAUUAAGCCACACUAUAGGACUACAGUUUUGUUUUAACAUUCUACCCUAGAAUUUUAAGAAUAUUGAACUGAUUAGGAUUAACAUUGUUUGGCAUUUUUCAUGCUGUACAUGUUGUUAAUGGCUGAAAGUGUUUUGGUAAAGGAUUGUAAAGUUGUCAAGAAUCAAACUGAUCGUGUGUUUUUUUCUGAAAGUGUAACCACGCCUCUUCUGCCUUUCAGGUCGAUAAGACACUUACAGGAAGGAUCUCAAACAGACGGCAAAGGUAUAAGACACGUUAUAUGACUGAUAAUAAAACAUUUUUUCCAGCAACAUUUGCAGUAAGAAAGCUAUUUUUCAAAAUACCUAAUUGGGGAUAUUUUCUCCUUUUUUUUGCAGCUGCUCUUAACCUAGCCAAGUUAAAGCUUUUUAGACAUUUCUACGUGAUGGUAAGGUGACCUCUCAAAGUUUAAAAGGGUUUAUCAGCUGUGUAAUGAUAUUUAUUUAAUAUGAAUUUUAGUAAAGAUUUGCUUGCCUUUUUCGCUAAAUGAUUCUCUUAAAAUAGGGGAAUAGUAUAGUGCCCCUUACCCCCGUUACCCAUGUUCCGUAUUUAGGCUACAUGGUCUAAGUACAGUAAUUUCUUAUUGUAUCAGACAUCCAUAUUCAGAGUGUGAAGCUGGGUCAAUAUGUUGCCCAUGAAGACCUUCGCACAGUAAGGUGCUUGGCUGUACAGGCUGGUGUGAAUCCUGUUGAAAUACAACCCAUCACUGUUUUACGCGCUGACACUUACUUUGAACACAAACGAGACUUAGUCGACGCAUCGCAGUUUAAAUUAGAACUGACUACACUAAGAGACAAACAAUAGUUUUGCGAUAGUGUCUCGCCAUAAUGAACAACACGAACAUUUUUAACAGCACUCCAUAUUUUGCAUUUUCUAAUUGGAAACACCUGUAUUCUUUCUUUGUUUUUAGAUUGUGUGCUACAUCUAUUUCACAAGAAUAAUUGUGUAUUUGAUAAAGGUAAGUGGGACCAUCGACACCAAGAAAAGAUGCAAGUUCCACCGUGGAACUUAUUAAUCUCCACCAGUCUUGAAGACAGAAUGUUUUAUUUUAGCUGUUCACGUGCAACUUUGUUCUUGAUGCCACUCCCUUGGAGCCUUGGGAGAAGGGGUUGCUAAGGGCACAAACAGUGGGGAGAACACUGGUUUACUUGCACUCACCUGAAUUCAUUGAAGAGCUUAGUGUAGUUGAACUGUUUUUAUGUUUUUGUUUCAGAUAACAGUGCCAUUUCAGUAUAUGUGGCUGGAUGAUGUAAGUUUUGGUACAGGUUCUUGUAGUAAUCAAAGACGUUCGAUCUUGAUUCUUGUUGAAUUUCGUGCUCAUGAUGAGCACGGAUCCAAUAUUCCAAUGAUGCAACAUCUAGAGAUUAGGUAUGACCAAAGUGCCUUUUUUAAUCCAUCUUGGGUCAUUGUGCAGUGUUCUUGGAAAACACUCUUUGCAUCCCCAACCCAGAAAUAUCAACAGAUACCAGUAAAAUGUCAGCAAAUCUAACGAAAUGUGGUUGGUGCAGCAGAAGCCAAGAUUUCGUUCCCGUUUAAUAUCUUACCUAUGCUUUUCAACUCUUGAAACUAUUAAAAAUACAUGUUUCAUUUCAGUUCUUCAACAAUGCAGCAUCGUUUGUCUUCUUUGUACUGACUGGGUAAGAAAACAAUGUUUAAAGUUCUUUAAUUGAGUUUCAAAUCUAGAGUGUUGUUAGUUGAUUAGAGAUAAAUUGUUAUCGUCGUCACCAACAGUGACGGGUGAUUACAUGAUUUAUAACAUCUACGGUGAUCUUUAUGAAUGUAUGUUACUAGAUCUUAAAAAUGACCCUUGUCUUCUGACUACCUUUUGUCUCCCUAAUCCCCAAUACAACUGGAGAAUGCUCACCAUAAUUGCUGCAAAUUUUCAUUCUGUUGAACAAAAUUUUCUAGGAAGGGCUGUUAGUGGUUUCAGAAGCGAUGAUGCUAAUCCCCCUUCCCCUCCCUCCCCCCUGGCCUCUCACAUCGGUCUCUCACAUCAUGUUUAGGCGAUAAAAUUACUGCAGUUCCAUAUUUCGAAUGAGACUGCAAAGAAAAUUGACCGCAAUCUUAGGAGGUUAAAUUUAUUGGAAAAUAAUUGAUGCUUUGUUAUAAAGUGAUAGUAGCCGUAUUUUAUUUCGACUAUACCACGAUGAAUGUUUGUUCCGUUAUUACGUGUAAAUAUAGCUUUAAGUUCCGACCUGCUCCGGACAAUCCUUAUCUUCAUGUACCACAAGACGAAAGUGAUGGCGAAGUGGAGAUGGAAGAAGUGUAAGUUCUUUGUGCUGAUUUUUUUCUAAGUGUGCUCGACGUUUGAAGGGCAAAGAGAAUCCUGUUUGUUGCUAAAUAAUUUUCUGCUUGAUUGUUUCAGGGUUACAAAUGCAGGAAUCGCCGAUGGCGUGACGAGACUGCAGCCGUCGUCAAACGGCAAAAGAAUAUUUGAAACUGCGUAAAAAUUGCGACAACCAAUCACUUUCUUUGUGUGCUAAGUGGGUGGAUUUUCCCACGGGCGUAGCUUAGGUGGGAGGAGAUUGACUGGGAAUUAUUGUGUUGGUGACUUCCUUUUUAGUGACAAAGAAAUAUUUGCUAAUUAAAAAAACACCCCAACAUACUCCGAAAUGUUAGGAAGGCACUUGUUUCUCUUCCUCCUUUCCCCCCCCCCGUAUGGGAAAACGCAUACCCCAAGGGGUGACUCUUGUAUUUUAAUCUUUCUAGAAGCGAUUUGAAUCUCCAGUAAGUUACAUAUGGUUAAAUAUGAGAGGAUAUAUUUUGAAACAUCAUAUCUGUGCUUGUAAUCGUGUUUAUGCGAGACUAAUGAGUUUGUGCCCAAUGACACACACACAGAUAUUUAACUAUUCUCUCAAAUAUUACUUACUGUUAUUUGCAUCGCAUGGUCGUUAGAAAUAGAUGAUAAAUUUUUGCCGCGCCUUGCCAAUCACAAAGUCAUAUUGAGCAAUAGAUUACUAUAUUAAUACUUGAUUGAAGAGGAAUCAUGAAAGGUCUAUCUGAACUUACUUAUAUAUUUAUAAGAAUCUGAAGUGCUUAUUAAACUUAGGCUAAGUAGCGUGCUCGCCAAAUAUACUUCAGAACUCAUUUAAACAAUGAGCAUUAGGUAUAGGGUGUAAUUUAUCAUAGAUUUACUUGGUUUUGACAUUAUGUCGUUUGUUUUUUUGUUUGUCUUUUUUUCGUGGGAAACACGGUGAUCUUAUGGUUAACGGGCUGUUUUCCACAUUGAUCUGCAUUUGAUUCAUGACUGGGAUUAAUCUGACUAUCUUGUAUUUAGGCAAGGUAUGUUAACACUCGCACGGUGGAUUUUCUAUCUAUGGUUAUAAAUGGGUAAUUCCAGACUUGGGUGGUUGUCGGUGCUUUCUACAGCAGUUGCACUUGCGCAUUUCCCGUUUGAAAUGUGUUCUGAUUUUACGAUAAAUGUUCGCACCGUUUUCUCCUUAUCUUGCGAAAUGUUUAUCGGUAGCUUAUUGUUUAUCGGUAGCUUAUUGUUGUAGAUAUUUUUCAAGUGUAAGAGCUUUCUCCUGUUCCAACAUCCGACGAUGAUAUUUUUACUCAAUCAAAGUCUAUUGAUACCCAUCGACUAUAAAUUAUUAGGAACCAAAUCCAAGCAAAUUUUUCUUUAUAAUCUAGUUUAGUAAAAAUUAUUAUAACUGACAUUCCUUGCUGUUUGUUUGUUUGGUUUUUUUCGUUUGGUUGUUAGCCUGUGGUUUGCUGUCAACCCUUCAAAGAGGUUCUUAACCCUUUACACCAUAACAUCAGCAUGCAUAUUCUCAACACCUCAUCUAUACAUUUCGAAAAAAAUUGACAAGGAGAAUUUGUGUAACAAUUCAGAGCUUCUCUAUUUGGUUAUCAUUUCCUUUAUUUUCGUUUGAUUCAGGGGUCCUAUUGUAGGAAUUAGGAAUUAGAUGUCACUCUUAAGGAACAAAGGGUUUAAAGAUGGCUUAAUAUGUAGUUCUUAACAAUAUAUUAUUGAAAUGACAUGAUGAUAUUUUGUAUUCGUCCCAUGA